AUGCUGUCAACACGUGCUCUCCGCCUCCCGCGCUUGAGCGUAUCCCUGCGGUCCUUCUCGACCUCUUCCAUCCAGCAGCGUGCCCCCUCGAUCAGGGACCUCACGCCCGAUUCUGCUGAUCAGUUCAAUGCCCGACAGAGAGAGUUUCGAGAGAAUCUCGAGGCAGCUCGUCAGAGAAAGUUGCAGCAAGAGAGUCAGUUGGCCGAUGCUUCUGCUUCUGCUUCUUUUUCUUCUUCCCCUAGCACUUACCCCCGUGAUCGUCUUGAAGAAACCACCGAGCCUCCCACUGCUCCGAGCGUGAGCAAUGCGAGCGGUGAUGUUUCUUCUGUUCCUGACGCAGCUGAAUCCCUCGAUCAUCAUGCCUUGGGCUCACUGGCCACCCAUCGUAUUGUAGGAGAACAGCACACUGAACAAGCCUCCAAGCGAGGCCCCCUCUCGUCGCUUCUCUACGGCACCAAGGAGGGCCAGCAGCUCGACAAGGAGAUCGAGCGCUCCUUCUCCCAGGUGCUUGCGCGCGGAAAAUACGUGCACUCGAUCGUCUUCCAUGAGGUCAAACCCGAGAAGGUGGACGAGUAUGUAGACCUCGUGGGGAACUGGUAUCCGAAAAUCGCGGGCAUGAAAGAGAACAAGGUCAAUCUGGUUGGCAGCUGGCGGACAGAAGUCGGUGACAACGACACAUUCGUGCACAUUUGGGAAUACCAACGCUACAGCGGCUACCAUGGCUCUCUAAACGCCAUUUCUCAGCUGCCCGGAUACGACGAGUUCGACAGCAAGCUGAGAACUAUGAUUAAGAGCAAGAGUACCUCGCUCAUGCAGGAGUUUUCCUUCUGGCCAACGACCCCUCCGCGCCGCCUCGGAGGCGUCUUCGAGCUGCGAUCGUAUACUCUUCACCCCGGAAACCUGUUGGAGUGGGAGACUCAUUGGCGCCGUGGCCUCAAGGCGCGCCGGGAAGUCAUGGAAGGGGUUGGCGCGUGGUUCGUCCAAAUCGGCGAUCUGAACACUGUGCAUCAUCUGUGGCAGUUUGCGAACCUGGAGGAACGCAAAGUUCGCCGUGAGCAGUCCUGGAAUGUCGAAGGCUGGGCGGAGACCGUCCACAAGACCGUCCCGCUCAUUCAGAACAUGAAGAGCAGAGUCCUGAUCGCCCUGCCAUGGAGUCCUGUCGGCUAA